UUUGUUGCUGCAAAUUCCAAUUAUACCCUUGUUACAGAGAGAAAGUUAGGGCAGACAGAGGUGCGUGCAAUUUUCCAGCCCGGCCGACCAUGGCACUCUCGUGAGAGGGACCAAAAGAAGAAGAAGAAGAAUCAUCUUUAUAAUCCUACGCACCCUGGUCAUCUCUUAUCCUACACCCACCACCUCUAUGCACAAACCUUUUCUUUCAAUUUCUCUCUCUAGUUUGUCUGUGUUAGUAACAAAAGAUGGUCGUUUAAUGCACGUUGUAGCUGUUUCUUAUUUUCAUUAUUGAAAUCUAAAGUGCACCUUAAAUGUUAUUCUUCUUCGCUGUUUCUUUCAUUUAAUUCAUUAGGCUACAAUUUGACACUAAAGUCUCUUCUGAUUGGAUUUCUUCUUAUGAUUAUUAAUGCACAGAACCCAUUCUUAAAGAUUGGAAUCAAUUCUAAUGAAUGAAAGGCUGUAAUGCAUAUAGAAGAAAUAUAUGAAGAAUUUCUCAAUGUGGUGUGAUUUGGAUGGAUGUUUGCGAAGCAGAACAACAGGUACUACUACCAAGGAAAGGGGGAGCAAUAGCAGAAGAAAUCCCCAGACCACCUUUGGUUCCUUCUGAGAAAAACAAUGCCUUCUCUAGAAAAACAAGACCUACGAGGGAAGUUCCAUCAAGGUAUAAAUCUACAAUCACUUCUUCUCCAUCUUUACCUACACAUAUUGUUCCGAGAAGAAGUUCUUCUCCUGGUGUUACAAGAUCAGUUUCCUCUACCCCUUUAUUUGCCAAACGAUCAGUAUCGGCUGAACGUAGGCGUCCAUCGACACCACCUUCACCACCAAGACCGUCAACACCAAACCGUGAUUCCCUUAACGAUGUGCAAACCCCUUCAAGGAAAGGAGUGGGUAGUGUCCGGACAGAAGGAUUGUGGCCUUCCACCAUGAGGAGUCUUUGUGUCUCAUUCCAGUCUGAUACAUUUUCUCUUCCAAUUAGUAAGAAAGAAAAACCAGUUACUCACGAGCACACGUUGAAGCCUUCGGCAAAUUUGGGACACAGGCAAUCUGAAACACCUCUAUCUCAAAGGAAAACAACACCAGAAAGAAAAAGAACUCCUCUUAGAGGUAGAAAUGCGUCCGACCAAUCAGAAAACUCUAGACCUUUGGAUAAUUCACAUUCUCGAAUUAUGGAUCAAAGAUGGCCUAGUAGAACUGGUGGCAAGGUGUCUGGUAGUGCUCUAAACCGGAGUAUUGAUUUUACUGAUAAGCCUAGCAGAACUAGUUCGUCUCCCCUUCCAGCACGAGGUCUUUCUCCAUCAAGAAAAUCACCUGCUAGAAUAGGAUUACAAAAAGCUCAAAGCGAGGCUGCUAGUCAACUACUAUUGGAUGAUCUUGGGAAGGAAACAGUUUGUAGGCCAGGUUCAAGUAAUGGUGCUUCGUUGAGAUCAUCCUCCCCUUUCAAAAUUGGUUCAUCAAAUGUUAGCAUUCCUUUGAGUUCAUCUGAAAGAUCUUCUUCCACAUUGCGAUCAAGUCGAUCCCAGUCCUUGCCCAUUCCUGGAUCAUCUCGUCCCGCAUCCCCUAGUAGAGCGCCAUUAUUAUCAUCUUCUCCCUCAAGAGGUAUGAUAAGUCCAUCCCGGGGAAGACCAAACACUCCGUUUCCUUCAGUAGGCUCUGUAGCGUGUCGAUCCAGUACUUCGAUUUCUGUUCUCAGCUUUAUCGCUGAUGUUAAAAAAGGGAAGAAGGGUUCCAACCAUAUAGAAGAUGCUCAUCAGCUUCGUCUACUGUACAAUAGAUUUAUGCAAUGGAGAUUUAUUAAUGCUCGAGCAGAUGCUGCUUCGUCCAUUCAGCAAAUAGCAGCAGAGAGAACUCUAUACAAUGUGUGGAUCGCGACUUGUGAACUCUGGAAUUCUGUCACAAUGAAAAGGAUCAAUCUCCGAGAAUUGACGGAAGAGCUGAAGCUGAACUCAGUUUUGAACGACCAAAUGGUUUACCUUGAUGAUUGGGCUUUACUGGAAAGAGAACAUUCUAAUUCCUUAGCUGGGGCGGUUGAAGCUUUAGAGGCUUGCACUCUCCGACUUCCUGUUACUGGAGGGGCAAGGGUAGACAGCAAUUCAUUGAAAGAUGCUGUUUGUUCAGCUCUUGAUGUGAUGCAGGCAAUGGGUUCAUCUGUAUGUUCUUUACAAUCCAGGGUGGAGGGUAUGAACGGCUUAGUUUCUGCACUUGCUGACGUAGCCGCACAGGAGAGAGCUAUGCUUGAUGAAUGUGUUGAUCUUUUGGCUUCAACGGUUGCAAUGGAGGUAGAGGAGAAUAGCCUUAGAACGCACCUCAUGCAGCUAAAACGGUCUUCAGCUGAAGGUGAACACAGAACCUCCCUUCUGGGAAGACUUGUGUGACCACUGUCAACAUAGAAGCUUAUCUAACUCUUCCUCCUAACUGCCUUGAUCGUUGGUGUAGGAAACAGCAUCCUAAUUGGCUCCGCUGAGUGUAUAUUGGUUCACUUUUUUGGGAAUUUUUUCUUCUUUAGCUUUCUUAUAGUUCCCUUUUCUGUUCUUUGGCAAUUGGUCACGAAGCUGUAUCUUUUUCCCGUGUUUUUUUUUUCCCUGUAUUACACGAAAUGAAAUGAAAAGAAAAGUAAAGAAAGAUGAAAAAAAAUGCAAAACAGAAGCAAAUAUCACACAAUGUUUGUUUUGUAUCUGAUGUACAAGAUGUUUAACAAGCCCUCCAGCACCCUCAGUGUGCGUGUGAGCAGGCAUAAAUGGAAAGCUAAGAAUCAUAUUUAUCUCAUGUAACUAAACAACAUGAUAGAAAAUUAAAUAGUAUUAUUUUUA